UCACUCACACACAUCUGACGCUGAACGUGCCGACGGAAUCAUUCACGAAUCAUGAACCUCUGAGGACUCGAGUUUUUGUAUUUCGCUUUCCGAGGGGUUGUCUUUUCAUCUUCAUGGGAUUUCCAGCUUAUUUAGAUUUUCUCAUUGUUAUUCCAGUGGUCAUCAACUCUGAUGGGAAUGCAGCGGAAUACUAAAUGUUAUAGAAAGUCAGGCAAGCAACACAUGGAACGGGGACUGCCUGGACCAUCACAUCUAACACCAUCACAUGGGAUCAGAAUGGAUUUUCAUUCAUUUUAUUUAAUACCAAAUCUCUCUUAAAAAUCUGAGGGGAAAUGUCUGUAGAUACUUUUUAAAAUAUUUACCAAGUUUUUAUUUUUAAUUGGCAAUUCAACAAUCUGGAACAUUUUUAACACGGUAACUCUUGAUUGUUGGCUGACACUAGGCCUGGUGAGGUGGCUGUUGCGUGGAGCUGCAGCUAUGGACAUUGAGGCGAGGUAUCUUCCUUUCUCCCCAGGAAGCUCACCAUGCUGAACAAUGUCUUUGACGUGUCGUACAUGAUUCUGGAGCUGCUGAUUGCCCUGCUCUCGGUCCUGGGCAACGUGUUGGUCUGCUGGGCAGUGGGCCUCAAUAGCAACCUCCAGAGCAUCACCAACUUCUUUGUUGUUUCGCUGGCCGUGGCAGACAUCGCAGUGGGUGUGCUGGCCAUUCCCUUUUCCAUCUUGAUUAGCACUGGAUUCUGUGCCAGUUUCUACGGUUGUCUGUUCAUCGCCUGCUUUGUCCUGGUGCUGACCCAGAGCUCCAUAUUUAGUCUUCUAGCCAUUGCCAUCGACCGCUACAUUGCUAUCAAGAUCCCGCUAAGAUACAACAGCCUAGUAACCGGGCAGCGUGCCAGAGGCAUCAUAGCGAUCUGCUGGGUUCUGUCGGUUAUCAUCGGUCUAACACCCAUGUUAGGCUGGCACAAAGCCCGCUCAGAAGAGGCCCUCAACAGCACCUGUCCACCCGGUAUGAUGGAGUGUUUGUUUGAGCAGGUGGUGGUCAUGGACUACAUGGUUUACUUCAACUUCUUCGCCUGCGUGCUGGUGCCAUUGCUCCUCAUGCUGGCCAUUUACCUACGGAUCUUCAUGGCCGCACGCCACCAACUCAAAUGCAUUGAGUCCAAAGCCGUACCCUAUGAGCUCAAGUCCCGCUCCACCCUGCAGAAAGAGGUCCACGCCGCAAAAUCUCUGGCGAUUAUCGUUGGCCUGUUCGCAGUUUGCUGGUUGCCGCUGCACAUCAUCAACUGUUUCACUCUGUUUUGUCCAAAGUGUGCACGGCCACCAAUUCUUGUCAUGUACCUAGCUAUAAUUCUCUCGCACGCAAACUCAGUCGUGAACCCAUUCAUUUACGCCUACCGCAUACGUGAAUUCAGAUACACUUUUCGGAAGAUCGUACGCUAUCACAUUUUGGGUAGACAAGAGCCUCUUUCUUGCAACGGAAGCACCCGUACCUUAGCCCGAACGAGUGUGGCGGAUUCGCUCCGGAUUAAAGUCAACGGCUUGGUGCGAGACCUCUACCCCGAACAGAGCAGCACCACCAGCAGCUGUGAAAGUGCUGAGCCCGGCCACACACACAGACCUGUUACGACGGAAAACUCCGUAUUAGAUAACCAGCCUAUGGAGCUCACUAAAGCUCACAGACAUCUGGGACUGAGGCAUCCAGAGUCACCGCUCACUGGGAAUAAUGAGGGCGUUGCAUGCAGGAAACAUACCCUACUUGACAUUACUGAUGGGAAGGAUCCAUCCUCGCCGCUUCAUGUUGAAUCAGCUCUGUACCUACAAGGUACAGUUGAACUCACAGAGGUUUCCUAAAAAUUUGUGCAUUCUGAAUGAUGGAUUCUAAUUAUUUAUUGCUGCUUCAAAAAAAUGAUGGGCUAAAAUAUGAAAUACAAAGUACAUAUUUUUGCUUUUUUAAGGACAUGACAUUACUGUGGAGCUGAAGCAGCUCAGAACUGAGUAUAUUUGAUAUUGUAAUGACUGUAAUGAUAAUGUAAACAUAUUAAAGAGCAUCAAAAAUGAA